AUGCCUCAAGACAUCGACGUCGAGCCUAUUCCUCCAAUCAAGGACUUGGCCAGUAGUGAACCGUCUGUCCGACGUGCUUGUCUCAAGACCAUAAUUUCCCACCUCGGCGACCGGGCUCCUACGUCUCCGUUGACCCCGACACAAUGUCUUCAACUCUGGCGUGGCCUAUACGUCGCAUUGUACAUGCACGAUAGCAAGAACACGAUAUCGGUCCAGAACCUAGCCGCCGAGCUGGCGCGAACGGUCCCGACGAUGGCGGCCAAGGACGACGAGGCCAUCAGCCAGGGCGAGCAGCCGUCUUGGUUAGACACGUGGGCCACCGCUUUUUGGGAGACUAUCAGCCGAGAGUGGGCCUUGGUUGACCAGUGGCGCAUGAACAAAGUCCUGCUGCUCGUGCGUUUCUACCUGAGAGAGACAUUCAACGUCUCACUCGGCUUAGUCGCAACGGACGAUUCUGAGACCAAGGCAAAUUCAAAGGAUUUGGCCUCGAGGCAGAGGCAGAUCCUGGAGACGUGGCCACUCAGUCCGCGUGAGCGCAAGGUUCCCGACGGGUUGCGGCUUCAUGUCCUCGAUAUCUGGGUUGAUGAGCUUCUCGGACAGUUUGACGCAGCACACAAGCAGUCAGAGUCUGAACCCGCCGCCGCCGCCGUGCAAGACGUCGUGAAGACUUUUAUGUCACCAGUUGAAACGAUUAGCAAAGAAGCAUUGAGCAAAGGGGUCAGAAUGCGGGCGAAGGACGCAAUCGGCCUCUUCCACGAGAGAUUUCCGUCUUGA